CGGCGAUACUUUGCUUCUGCGAUCAUCAGCAAGAAAGCAUCGCAAGGCCAGCAGCCAUGCGCUUUUCUGGGCUUCGCGCUGCUGCCGUUGCAGCUAUUGGAAUCGGCAGCGAUCUUGUUGAGGCUACCAACUCGUCAACACUCUUCUCCGGUGGCACUAUCAUAGCAUUUGACAGCACCUCUGAGUCCCUGCGCGUCAUCGACAAAGGUGCCUUGCAUGUCGUUGGAGACCGCAUCGCUCAUGUCUUCGAUUCAGUGCCCGAAUCUGGCGCCGUACCCAAUGGCACGGAGCACAUUGACAUCACGGGCCAGAUCGUCACUCCGGGCUUCAUCGACACACACCGCCACGGAUGGCAGACGGCUUUCAAGACCAUCGGCUCCAACACCUCCCUGGCCGAGUACUUCGGGCGCUAUGGCGAGUUCGUAGCUGGACCACUUUUCAACGCUGAGGACGUGUAUAUCGGCCAGCUUGCGGGCCUGUACGAGAUGCUCAACGCUGGUGUCACGACGUCACUCGACCACGCUCAUCAUACCUGGUCCAAUGAGACCGCCAUCGCAGGGGCCAAGGCCUCUGUUGAGAGUGGUGCCCGAGUCUUUUGGGCGUACACUAUACACGAGCUUUCCAACAGCACCUUUACCGUCCAGGAGCAGCUCGCAAAAUUCCGUGAUAUUGCUGAGAGUGAGCUAUUUGAAGACUCGCAGACCGAGCUAGCUAUAGCCUUUGAUGCCUGGACGGACACUUCCGAAAAGUCUGUCCUGCAGCAAAUAAUCGACUCGGCGGUAUCGUGCAACGUCUCGGCUCUCACAACACACCUACUCCAUGGACCAUGGGGAGCCUCGAACCUGCCAUCAGCACUGCAUGAGCUUGGCAUUCUGAACACUUCCAUACCGGUCGUCUUCUCCCACGGCAGCUUCCUCCCAGCAACCGAUGCACAGCUGCUGCGGACUACCAACCAGUAUCUUUCCAUCACGCCCGAGUCCGAGAUGCACUACGGUCACACCCACGAGCAUUCGGCGUACAUCCAGGACCAAGCGAGUUUGGGCGUAGACACACAUUUCACCUUCUCCACGGACAUUCUCACGCAGGCACGCAUGUGGCUUCAGAGCGUCCGCUACGACUUCUCCCUGGACGUCCCGCGCAAAUGGAAAGUGCCAACAGACACACCUAUGACCGUUGCGCAGGCAUUCUACCUCGCUACUCGCGCUGGUGGCUUGGCUCUACGCCGCCCCGAUCUUGGUGUCAUCGAGGAGGGAGCCAAAGCAGAUCUGGUCAUUUGGGAUGCUAGGGACUCACCUGCCCUCCUUGGUUGGCGAGAUCCCAUAGCCGCCAUUAUUCUGCACGCAAGCGUUGGCGACAUCCUCCACGUCACAGUCGACGGCAAGUUUGUCAAGCGCGAUGGACGUAUCGUGGCCCCAGAAUAUAAGAAUGUUCGCGAGAGGUUCCAGGCUAGUGCUCGCCGCAUUCAGGAUAAGUUACUGAACACACCGAACCCAGUGCUUGAGGGCUCGUUCCAAACGGGCUGCGAGUACGAGGGGCCUGACAGGGUAGACACUUUGCGCGGACAAGGAGACGGGUAUGAGCAGCCGACGUUCGUGAACUUGUAGUAAUAGGACAUCAAACUUCACAAAGUAAUCGCAUGUGAGAACAGAACGACUACAUGUGCACCGACAAUCAGUCGCGGAUUUAACUGUGAUCAGCAUGAGUGUGGCGGCACUACGUCCGCGACUUCCAAGCCUAGGUAGCCUUUCGCAGAUUUUAUCCAAGGACGUCGUUUGCCUUUGGGCAGGGGGAUUUUA